AACGGAAAAAACCAACACAAAAACCCGUUCACAUUUAUGAUCCGAUAAAGCAGUGAGUAAAUCUCGUUAUGGAUCAACCGGAAAUUGGGGAAUUCAUACUCUCGGAGCAAGUACGCGUUAACGGCCGCAUUACGGCGGCAACUCUUUCUUCCGGUGGAGAAUUGGGGUGGGGCGACCGGCGGCUGGACGUGAAGAAACAGGUCCUCGGCUUCUCUGUCGAGGGAUCCGAGAUUAAGAUUAGAGCUGUUGUGGAGGCUGCGGCUGGAUCAUGGUGCUCCGGCGACAAAACUAAACUGAUUAGGAAGUGCUUCACUCUCGAGCUGUUAUCGAUUGAUUCUCUUCGCCUCUGGAGUCAGAAACUCCAGGAAUACCUAGAUUCUCUUGGUAGGCCGAAGAGGCUAUUCGUAUUUGUGAAUCCGUACGGAGGGAAGAAGUCGGCGUCGACGAUUUUUGUGAGUGAUGUGAAGCCUUUGCUUGAUGAUGCCAGUGUUGAGUACACUGUACAAGAAACUAAAUACCAGCUUCAUGCGAAGGAAGUUGCUCGGUCGCUGGAUCUUGCAAAAUAUGAUGGAAUUGUUUGCGUUAGCGGAGAUGGAAUUCUGGUUGAGGUACUAAAUGGACUGCUCAUCAGGGAGGACUGGGAAAAUGCAAUUAAAAUACCUCUCGGAGUGGUACCUGCAGGAACUGGAAAUGGCAUGGUGAAGUCGUUGCUAGAUUCGUGUGGUGAACCUUGUGCAGCAUCUAAUGCAACUAUGUCUAUUAUUCGAGGGCAUAAGCGCUCACUGGAUGUAGCUACUAUAUCACAAGGGGACACCAAGUUUUUUAGCAUGUUAAUGCUGGCAUGGGGUCUCGUGGCUGAUAUUGAUAUUGAGUCUGAGAAAUACAGGUGGAUGGGAAGUGCUCGGUUAGAUUUUUAUGGUCUUCAGCGGAUACUUGGUCUUAGGAAGUAUAACGGCAGCAUUAUUUUUGUGCCAGCAUCUGGCUUUGAAUCUUAUGGAGAACCAAUAGAUGUAGAGAAGGAAGUCAUUUUUGAAGGAGAAAGUAAACCGAAAUCUGACGAUGGACCUGUUACAACCCAGGACUAUGGUUACCAGGGUCCUAAAGUUGAUAUGAAGAGUUUGAACUGGCGCAAGAUUAAUGGACCUUUUGUUUCAAUCUGGCUUCAUAAUGUACCAUGGGGAGGUGAAGAUACUAUGGCAGCUCCUGAUGCUCAGUUUUCCGAUGGUUGUUUGGACCUGAUCAUGAUAAAGGACUGUCCCAAGUUAUCCUUGCUAAUGUUGAUGAAUGGAUUGAACGAUGGAAGCCAUGUUAAAUCUCCACAUGUAUCUUACCUGAAGGUGAAGGCAUUCAUUUUGCAGCCCGGCCCGAGAGUUGAUGACCAGACGAAAGCUGGGAUAAUAGAUGUAGAUGGUGAGGUUCUAGCUAGAGGGAAAGGAUCAUACAAAUCCGAAGAAAAGACACUAAUGAGUUAUGACAAACUACUCAUUAAAGUCGAUCAAGGAUUGGCUACUUUAUUUGCUCCUAGUCUUGAUUUGGCCGAUCUAAUACCUAUUCCUCGAGAUUGAUUUCCCCCUUCUUUCUGAAGAUUAUUAAAAGAACAGAGUUGAUUUCGGGAUUUUUGCGCAACGGUAAGCAUCGCGUGGCUUGUAUUUAAGUUCACAAAUAAUUGAUAAUGUAUGUGUUUUCAUGUAUAGACUACAGUAUAUAUACAGAGUACAGACUGUAUAGUGUUUGUAUUUGGCAAAAAAAAUGAAGUUCCGCUUUCCUCGAUCAACUUUCGGUUUCCAGCUUAUUACUUUGGGAUAUAAAUUAAACAAAGUUAUUUAAUAUUCUUUUUUGCAAUGUUUC